AUGCCAAGACAUUUUACUGACCACCUGCCCCGACAGCUGCAAUUUCCCGGCUAUAAGGAGCGUCUCCUCCAAGUAGUCCCGCUAGUUGGUAUAAUUAUUGCCCUGCAAUCCUUAAUCUUAAUUCUCAUCACGCACCUAUUUUCCGCCGACACAGCCAUCCAAAGCGCUACUGUGUCAUACCUCCCCCUCCUGCGCGAUUGGGCAGAGAAGUUGUGGUCCUCAGCUGGGAGCUGCAUACAAGUGGGACUUAGUCCCUGUCAGGCAUGGUUGCUUGGUGAGACGACCGAUUGGAAAUACGGGUACUGCUCUUUGACUCCAGACAAUGACACCUUUAUGAUGUUGGCGUUGAUUGCACACAACGGUAGGAGGGGGAAUGUUUUCACUGAGGGGACUUUUAGGCAGACGUAUUUAAUAUACUAUGCUCCCUCAUAUUCAAUAUCUGUUCUCACUCUGCUCUCACCCACCAUGCACUCACUGAUUUCCAUCCCGGUCAUCUACUGGACCCCAACAUCGGUUAGCCUUAAUCGACGUUUCCAGAAGUCAAAGAGAAAGAACAAACUUCAAGGAAGGGAGACAUGGGCGAACCGGUACAGCCCGGUAGCAUAUUCGAAUGAGGCGCUAUUGGUACAGUAUGUGGCGCUUUGGGCUGUUUUCCAUUUUACAAUCACAUCACCGCUAUUCUGUGAUCCAUACACGAAUUUCAAAGCCGUGAAUUAG